UGUUUAAAUAGGGCACAACGGAAAGAUAGAAAUCAGUCGAGAGCCAGCAGAGAAACUAGCAUCACCGGAUAGUGAUCAGCAGUCGACAAACUACGAACAAGCAGCAUGUCUUACAGACAUAACUCAAGCAGACGCCAAGGAGGUUUUAAUGGUCCUCCUCAACAUCAGAAUGGAGCUUCCGACUUCACAGGGAUGCAGCAAUCCCUGGACGCCUCCAUCCGUCGGAUUAAAGAGCUGCUCAGUGAAAAGCGGCGAUUCCUUCAGCAAGCUGACGCCGACAGCUAUCGGAUCAGCCAGCUAGAGUUCCUUCUGGAAAAAAGUCAGAAGAGAUGUCAAGAGCUGGAGACAGAUAAAGUCCAGAACAACGAGCAGCUGCUGAAGGAGGACGACUCUUCCAGCAGCGAGUCCAUGUCAUGGGGAGACAUCAUGGACUACAACGAUGAGAUAAAGCAGAAAGACGAGGAGAUCCUCAGACUUUCUGAGCUGCUGAAGGAGAAUGGAAAAGUCCAGACAGAAGACCUCGGAGCUGAGACUGAAACGCUGAGACAGCAGAAUAAAAAGCUUCAGGAGGAAAAUGCAAUGCUGAAGAAAGAGAAGCUCGAUCUGGAGCUGCAAAUGAAGAGCAUGCACGCUAACAAAAUGCUCACAGAGACCAGACUCAGAGAGCAAAACAACAAACUGGAGAAGCAGAACGAGAAGCUGCAGACAGCAAAUAAAGAGCUGCAGGACACCAACAAGAAGCUGGUUCUGAGCGAAACUGUGAUUGAACACAGACUAACCCUACUGAGAGAGGAGAAGCAGCACCAGGAACUGCAGAAAGACAAUCAGCUCAGCAUCCUCCAGAAGCAAAAAGAGGAGAUGGAAGUAAAAAACAGAGUCAUGAAGGAGAACAUGGAGCAGGCUUUAGCAAAAGUGAGAGAGGAGCAGCAGCUGCAAGACCAAAAGAAAGUUCAAGAAAUCCAGAGGCUGAACCACGUCAACAACUCUCUGUCUGUGACGGUCUCCACCAUCCAAGAUCAGAUGCUGCUUCAGGAGACCCAACACCAGCAGAGAGAGGAAGAGUGGAAGAAUCAGCUCAAGCAUCUGGAGAAGCUUAGAGAGGAGAUGGAAUGUGAAAAGCGAGACUUGGAGGAAACAAUUGAACAGUUUCUUGAGAAAGAGGAAGAAAACGCCAAAGAAGAAGAAAAAAAGAAGAAGAAAUAUCCCUUUUGGCGCCGUUUUUUCCCAAAGAAAAAACACGGGUUGAAGGUGAAUGAGGCUGCUGGAUGUUCGAUCUAGCUUUAUCUGCCCGACCCCUUCUCCUCAUCUUCCUCCCUCCAACCUCCCUCCAUCCACUCUCACCCCUUUGAGAGUGAAAAAAUUAAAUAAAAAAACAACAAAAAAUUUUAUUCACGUGUGGAUGACGUUACAUCCUUGAAGAAUGUCACAUUUCAUGAUUUUCAGGUCUUGGAAAUUUCUCAAAAUGAGCUGAAUUGAAAUUAUUUUCAGGUGAUGCAGCCUUUAAAUGAUCAAAUGAUCAAUCUGAGGUGAUUUUUUCACAUUUUAUUCCUUUUAUAGAGCUCAACAGGUUGAAAUCUCAGACUUUUUUUUACUACUUCUAAUAUUGUGUUUAGUGUGUAGCAGCUGUAUUUUAUGUUGCUAUUUCCUUCUAAAGGACAUUUUCUUGUGUUCAUCCUCUGACUUAAGCUUUUCAGUAACCUUUACACAGAGUGCUUUGUGAAGCUCUACUGUUUUGAUGGUAUAGUUAUAUGAAGGAUUCUUCUAAAUACAGGUAUCUUUAUACUACGAUCACUGAGACACAUUCACUGAACUCAGAUGAUCUUAAUUUCACUAAUUGUGUGACU